AGCUCCUUUUUUUAAAUUCGAGGGUUUGUCUGAAUACUUAAUACGUAAAAUAAGACAUUAAAUACUCACGCAAUUUAUUUCAUUUUCCUCUCAACUUAAAUCAUUUUGCUUGGGGUUAAACAGAAUUUUUUACUAUUCAUACUAUUAUUCAGUUGGUGUCGUUCAAUAAAAUAAUCUUUACAAAUGCUCGUUUGAACGAUGCAUGGAGGUGAGUUAAUUCAUUUUCUAAAAAAUACCUUCUUGAUACCGAAGAAUCUUCAUAUAUUCAACCAAUUGAAAGUGUGAAUUGGUUAUUACACACUCUUUACACACAAUCAGCGUUUUCCAAAUGUACAGAUAUUAUUAAAAAUUGUACUAACGGGCGAUUCACAUUAAAUGACGAUUAUCAUUUGUAUUGUUUAAGUCUAAUUAAUCGACUUGGUGGGUGUAUACAACAAUCUUUAGAUAGUUUAUUCAAAUGUUUGAAGCAUAACAAUAAGUCAGUUGAUGUAAUGAAGCAAAUUGCAAGGUCAUUGUAUCUACAAGGUCAUCAUAAUGAAGCUUUGGAAAUUUAUCAAGAUGCUUUAAAACUUAAUCAAAAUGAUUGGGUAAUAAUCUAUUAAUUCCAUAUUCUUACAUUUUUGUUAGGAAAUACCAUUUGGACAAGGUGUAUGUUAUUUCUACAUGAAACAAUUUGAAUCGGCUGAAAAGUAUUUUAAAAAAUCUAGUAAACUUACCAUUAGUAUUAAACCAUUGAAAUGGUUAGCAAAAGUUUAUUUGGAAAAGAGCUCAAUAAAUUCUGCUAUUGCAACAUUGAAGAAAGCAACUGCACUAGUACCUGAAGAUCCGGAUAUCUUAUCUAAUCUGGGUUCAUUAUAUUUCCAAACCAGUCAAGAACAAUUAGCUUUUGAGUGUUUAAGCUCAGCAAUUAUUUUAAAACCGGAUCAUUUUGAUGCAAAUCAAUUAGCUGGUGUAAUCAUUACUUUGCAUAAAGAUUAUGAUGUGGCAUUGAAUAAAUAUCGAUCAAUAUUAAAACAAUCUUCUGAAAGUCCAAUAUUAUGGAAUAAUAUUGGUGUAGCACUAAUGGGUAAAAGAAAUCUAAUAGCUUCUAUUACUUGUUUUAAACGUGCCAGUUACUUAACACCAUUUGACUGGAGAAUAUCAAUUAAUCUGGGCAUAAGUUAUAUGCAUACAUCACAAUGGUUAAGUGCAUUUCAACAUAUCACUACAUCAAUUAAUCUAUUUAACUUCAUUAAACAAAGAUCAAUCCAUCGUUCUGCUAUAAAUGAUAAUGAUGAUAAUAAUAAUCAUAAAAUUACUCAUGAUGUUGGCAUGUUGUAUUGUCUUUUGGGUUAUUGUUUAAUUAAAUUAAAUGAAUAUUUCAAAGCUUAUGAAGCUUUUAUGAAUGCAUAUAAACAAAGCAAUAAAAAUCCUUUAGUGAUUUUGAAUUGUGCAAAUUUUCUUGUCAAAUCAAACAAAAAGUUGGCCAACCAAAUGUUUACAAAAUACAAAAAACUUAAUUUAACCAGUGAAUUUGAAUUACCAUAUUGGGUGAAUAAAAAUGAUGUGGAUAAAUUAGUCAAUCAAUUAGAUACACAACUUAGAAAAACUCAAAGAGAAAAUACUACAAAAUCGACUGAUUCUAUGCAAAUUUCAAUAUAGUUCAAUGAAUAUCUGUAUGUGAGCAUUUAUUUUUUUAGCAGUUAUUGUUAUGGUUAUCAACUUUUAAUUAUAAAAUAUGAAGUACAAUCGUUUAAAUGCAAUUGUUUACUUUUUCACCCUUUCCAUCUAAAAAAAAUCCCUUAUUAAUGAUUAGUUUUAUAGAUUUUCUAGUGUUCGUUCUGGGGUUGUUUCUUUUUUUUUGUAUUUUAACUUCUAUAAAAGUCAAGUUUAUUUCAAUUGUCAUGACGAUAGAACUAAAUUUUUGAAUAUUAAGAGAACACUAUGAAUUGAUAUAAAGAUUUUUAAACAAAAAAAUGGUUUCAAUUAUUGAUAAUGUUUUCUUAUAAAAUUGACAAUUAAUAUAGGAAACAUUUUUAAUUUAUAUAGAAAUGUAUGUUUCUUCGGGGUGAGACUAUAAUUUAUAGACGACUUUCGAGUGACGCUAAAGUCUACCUACUUACUAGGGAUAAAUGAGGGUUAUCAACCAGCGUGAGGAAUUAGGAUUAAUAUUUACACUUGAUGGUUAGUAUUAAAAAUCAGAUAUAGGGUUUUCAUCACAAACUGACAUCAGCUAUAAUGCCAAAACUCUAUUUAAACAAAUGGAUGAGUGAAUUUUUCUCCAAACUCCAAGAUCUGUUAUCGUAAAUCCGAUUGGUUCGUCUAUAAAUUAUAGUCUCGCCC